GUCCUCUCACAUUUCGGGUUGAAGAAGAAAAACGUAAUUUUAGCAUUUGUGGAUUAUACACUCACAUAUUAUAAAAAUAAGCAGCCUUUUCACUAAUAUUUUUGUUAGAAAUCAUAGUUUAGCUCAGAAAACAUACUAAUAAGCCAAAAAAUCUUACGAACAGUAACAAUAAGCAUUUUUUUCUGUAUCAUGAAAAAUCCGAACACCGAUAUAGAAGUAAAUAAUGUCACGGGCGCCACGGCUUCGUCUGCUUCUCAAACUCGCCUUCGCCACUUGAUUUCGGAAAUUUUAGAUUUCUAAAAAAAGUGAAUAAUUUAAAAAAAUGUUUGUAAAAAAACUAUUGUAUUUGUGAAAAUAAUUUUAAAUUCGGUAAAAAGUUGUAAAUUGUGAAUAUUUAAAAAUGUUCAUUGUGGACAGUUUCGCAAAAAUCGGGAAAUUUUUAUAGAAAUUCGUUGUUUAAGUUGCGAGAAAGUUUGAGUCGUGAUAGUCUUCGCGGGAAAUUUUGAGUUGUGCUACUUAUGACGGGAAAUUUGAACAGUGCUACUAUUCGUAGGGAGCGACGGUAUGAUGAUAAUAUAUAGCUGUUUCAGAGGCUGUUCUGACCUAACUGUUCAUCAUUCUGAGCCAAUCAGCACAGUAAACAGGGAGUAUAAGGAGUAUAAACUAGAGUAUAAGGAGUACUAUAAUAAAGUAGGUACCACCAUGUACCACACUAUUCAAUGUUGGAUGUUGAUCCCGCUUUAUUAUUGCUGCAACUAUGAUGAAAAAACAUUAACAAAAUAAGUGUUAAUUACUCGAACAAAAAAUGGGAAAAACCACACGAGUCGUUGUUUGUGGAAUGAAAAGUGUCGGAAAAACAGCUUUACUUGAACAACUAGUUUAUGGAAAUGUAACUCCAAAAACGGAAAUACACACUACCAUUGAAGACAUUUAUGUAGCAAACAUUGAAACAGACAAGGGGGCCAAAGAAAAAGUGCGGUUUUAUGACACUGCUGGAUUAGAACCCCUACAGAGUAGUUCAAAUAACCAACAACUAGCAAGGCAUUAUCUUGGUUUUGCUGAUGGCUAUGUGUUGGUUUACGAUACUGCAAAACCAGAAUCUCUAGAUGUAUUGUUACCUUUAAAAAAAGAUAUAGAGAAAAACAAAGACAAAAAAGAAAUUAUAACAAUAGUGAUUGGAAACAGAACAAAACCAGAUAUAGAGCAACGAAUUUUAGAAAAUACAGCAAGUAAAGCUGCUAAUUGGUGUGCUCGUGAAAAACUCAAACACUUUGAAGUGAAUGUAAUGGACAGACCAAGUUUAUAUGAAGCAUUUGUUUAUCUCUCAUCGCGAUUAAAUCCACCACAAAAUAAAAGUACUUUCCCACAACUAAGUAUGGGCCGAAAAACUGGAAAAGCAGAAUCUACAUAAAAACAUACGUACAACUUAGUAUUGGAAAUUAUUGAGUUUGAACAAAAGAUCCAUUUUAUUGAGUUAUUUUUAGCUUAUUUAUACUAAAAAAUACUAGAAAAAACAACUUUUGCUAGUUGUUUUAAUUUGUUACAUAUACAUAAUAACUAUGUAUUUAUUUUGCUAGUUUUAUCCCUAGAAACUUCUUUUUAAUUAAAUAUUUUACUGAUUUGUUAUAUAUUAUUGUGAUACUUGAGCAUUUAUAACCAUGAUCUUUUGAAGAUAUCACAAUAUGAUCAUUACUGACUUUUUGUACUUAAAUUUAUUAAGUUAAUAUUGAAAGUUUUUAGAUUUAGAAAAAAAUUAUUAUUGUAUUAACAAAAAGGCUGACAAAAUUUUCAGCUUCAAUGCAUUUAUUUUAAUACAACAUGAAUUUCAUUUUUUUAUUUUUAAUAGAACAAAUAUUAUAAUGAAUUUUUCUUUAUUAAUGUAUUAGGAUGCAAGAAGUUUUAAAAACAAUUUAUGUUAUUGAUUUGGAAUUUGUGUUCUUUAAAACUAUAAACAACUUGUUUAUAUAAUAUUUAUGUUCAUCCAAAAUGUUGAAACAGUAAAUUUUUUAUUGUUAAAAAAUUAACAUUUGAAUUAAAAUUAAACUAUUGUUAUAUCAAAGGUGUUUAAACCUUGCAUCGAUAUAAAAUACCAUUAUUCUUAAUAAAACACAUAAUUUAUAUACAAUAACAUUUACAAUAAAAUGAUCUGAUUUUAUAGAUCUGAACGUCUUUACAAUUGUGUAAUUGUAAUAUGUAAGAUGUGCUAUAAAUAAUAAAUCAAUUUUCUUGAAAA